AUGACAGAAGACGAUGUGGUGCGCAUUGCCAAGGUCCGCAAGAAAACUCCAGGCCAAAUUCUGCUGAGACACCUGUUGCAGCUUGGGGUGUCGGUUAUACCUAAAAGUUCUAAUCCUGAACGUCUCAAACAAAACCUGGAUAUAUUUGACUUCAAUCUGUCCACUACGGAAAUGGCGAAGCUGAAUGCUUUGGAUCAAGGUGAAGAGGGUAUAAAGUUUUUCGUGUAAAACCUUAGAAAAGGAUACGAUGCUCAUCCUGAGAGUCCUUAUCCUAAGUGUCCUGAGCAUCGUAAUUAGACAAUUUUUCAGAUUGUAUGUUUCCACAUAAUUGUGUUUUGAUACUUCUUUAUAAUCCAUUAUG